UUAUCGCACUCGCCCGUUGCGCUUGCGUUUGGUCACACACAUACAGCCAUACAUAUGUACAUAUGUCAAACCAUAUGAGUGCGCAUGUGUUAGUGUAAACUCGCCGUCAGCUGCUUGAAUUGUUUAUAAAUUUUUGCCUGUGCGUUAGUAUGCAAAUGUUAAAUACGCCGGUCGGUCGUUUCGUUGAGUUCGUGGCGAGCGCGCACGCGACUAAGGGCAAUCGAAAGUGAUUUGUUGUGAAGUUAUUUACACUGUGUCGGGCCUUGAUUCAAUUACUCGAUUAACGGUAGUUGUGGUAAGGCGAAUUUCCUCGCUGAGUGCUCACAUUCUCAAACAAUUUAAAUUUCAUGGCAGCUUGAAAUUUGUAACGCGUUUGUGUUCUUAUCUGCAUUCGUAGCAUAAAAAGAUACAUAUAAGUCAACAUGACCAGCAAAAUGCAGCGCGUCCCUCAGAGCUACCCAGACCGCAUUAAGCUGCACACAGCCUCGUUGCGGUCCAGCAGCAAAUCUAUUGAGGCCAAAAUGUCGGAACGGCUUUACGAUAUUGUGAAGAGCGGCUCAAUGGUGAAGCGGGCACAGAACAAAAACCGUUUCACGCCCGUCAACUACAAGCAUCGCUGGUUCGAGCUGACCAAACAAAUGCUCUGCUACUACGAUGUGGAAAAUGUGCAGCGUCGUCGCGAGCGUGGCCGCAUUUUUCUGAGAGGCGUGCGACUGGUCGAGGAGGCGACGGUUAACGGCGAGGGCGGAGAUCCCUUUGCGCCGGAUGGUUACCCAUUUCAAGUGGGCUACUGUGAAACAACAGUCCAGGCGCAAGCGGAGCAGGGCGGCAACAGUGAACAGCAGCAGCAGCAGAGCCGAGGAGCUGUUCCUCAGUACACGUUGUACGUGAUAGCGAAUAGCGAGGAGCAGCGCAGCGAGUGGAUACACGCCAUACGGCAAGUUUGCGACGACAGCAAUACGCCGAAAUCGUAUCGUUAUCAUCCUGGUCUCUGGUCGGGCAAGAAGUGGAGCUGUUGCAAGAGCGUUGGACGCAACACCUUCGGCUGCCGUGCUGCGGCGCAUUGGCGUGAGGCCAACAAUAAUCCAAGCAACGGCAGCUCUCCAGCCCAGAAUUCAACACGCAGCAUCAGUCCAAACAAUUCCACAACCAACAGUCAAUUCGGUUUGCUGCACAACAGUUCGGGCAGCUCAGCCGGCGGAGGCGGCAGCGUAGGGGGUGGCGGAGGCGGUGGCUCGACGCCGACAGCACUGCAGCCACAGUCCUCGUUGAGCACUUUCAAGCAAUCACCGACUCUUCUGAACGGCAACGGGGCUCUAUUGGAUGCAACCAUGCCGGGAGGUAUACCAACGCCCGGCACGCCCAACUCAAAAGCCAAGGACAAUUCUCACUUUGUCAAGCUUGUCGUAGCUUUAUAUCCAUUCAAGGCCAUUGAGGGCGGCGAUUUGUCGCUCGAGAAGAAUGCCGAGUACGAGGUGAUCGACGACUCGCAGGAGCACUGGUGGAAGGUGAAGGACGCGGUGGGAAAUGUCGGCUACAUACCGAGUAACUAUGUGAAGCCCAAGGCGUUGCUCGGCCUGGAGCGCUACGAAUGGUAUGUGGGCGACAUGUCGCGACAGCGCGCCGAGUCCCUGCUCAAGCAGGGCGACAAGGAGGGCUGUUUUGUGGUACGGAAGUCAUCAACUAAGGGUCUCUACACGCUAUCGCUGCACACCAAAGUUCCACAGUCGCACGUCAAGCACUACCACAUUAAGCAGAAUGGGCGUGGCGAGUACUAUUUGAGUGAGAAGCACUGCUGCGAGACUAUACCGGAUCUGAUUAACUAUCACCGUCACAAUUCUGGCGGCCUGGCCUGCCGCUUGAAGUCGUCACCCUGCGACCGACCCGUGCCGCCCACAGCGGGUCUCUCGCACGACAAGUGGGAGAUACAUCCUAUGGAGCUGAUGCUGAUGGAGGAGCUUGGCUCUGGCCAGUUCGGCGUUGUGCGUCGUGGCAAAUGGCGCGGCUCCAUCGACACGGCCGUCAAGAUGAUGAAGGAGGGCACCAUGUCCGAGGACGACUUCAUCGAGGAGGCCAAGGUUAUGACCAAACUGCAGCAUCCGAAUCUGGUGCAGCUAUACGGCGUCUGCUCCAAGCACCGGCCCAUCUACAUUGUCACCGAAUACAUGAAGCACGGCUCGCUGCUCAACUAUUUGCGCCGGCACGAGAACACCCUAAUCGGCAACAUGGGCCUCUUACUAGACAUGUGCAUCCAAGUUAGCAAGGGUAUGGCCUAUCUGGAGCGCCACAACUAUAUACAUCGCGACCUGGCGGCCCGUAACUGUCUGGUCGGCUCCGAGAAUGUCGUUAAGGUCGCCGACUUUGGACUCGCGCGCUACGUUCUCGACGAUCAGUACACAAGCUCCGGCGGCACUAAGUUCCCCAUCAAAUGGGCGCCGCCCGAGGUGUUGAACUACACGCGCUUCUCCUCGAAGAGCGAUGUCUGGGCCUACGGCGUGCUCAUGUGGGAGAUCUUCACCUGCGGCAAGAUGCCGUACGGCCGUCUAAAGAACACCGAAGUGGUGGAGCGCGUGCAACGCGGCAUUAUUCUAGAGAAACCAAAAUCCUGUGCUAAGGAGAUCUACGAUGUUAUGAAGAAGUGCUGGUCUCAUGGUCCCGAGGAGCGUCCCUCGUUUCGGGUGCUGAAGGAGCAACUGGCGCUUGUCGCCCAAUCCCUCACCGACUAAGAAGCUUAGACUUAAACAGGCACUGAAUAUCACACAGACACACACACAUAAACACGCACACACACACACACACACACUGAAACACAGCACCACACCACACACAUUUGCACAUAUGUACGUUACGGAAAAGCUAAAGUUAAUGAUAUAUGAUCUAUGAUAUGAUAUGAUACGAUACGAUAUGAGAAAAAGGCAUAACCUCUGGCAACGUACGAAUAUGUCUCCUUCCGAGGCACCUAUAUGUAUUCUGCCCCAAUUGGGGGGCAUAUAUUUGUGGGGAAGCGCCAGAAAGUGAAUGUUGCUUUUGUACUUUUAAUGCAUACUUGAAAUAUAAAUGAUAUCAUUAUGUUUUAUGUUUAGUUAAGGCAGGAAGAACAGGACUACAUAUAUAUUUAUGUAUUUAUCGCGUAUAACAACUACCUACUAUAUAACACAAGCAAGUAUAUAGAAAACUGUAGCAAAUAGUUAAAUUUUUGAUACCUUUCAAAGCGACACAAACCUAAUGGUAAUGUAAUUGAAUAAUUGUGCUUUUUGGGGAAUAUACGAUAUAUGCGACCUAUAAAUUAGUUAAACGAAAUGACAUAUUUGAACAAUUACGCAUGCAUGCCGAGUAAUGAAUAAUGAAUAAACUGACUAAUCGUAAACGUAUGUAUAAGUCCAAAAUUGAAACUGAUAAGGAGAGAGGUCGCAGGAAAGGACACGAAAUGGAAAUACGAUUCGAUUCAAUUUACAAUUUUAAUUAGUCUAAGUAUUGUGAUUUAUUGUUUAAUUUUUUAGCCACGCCCAGCAGACAUCCAAAAGUGUUCGCAGCAGUUCGUGGACUUUCUCAUUUAUGAUUACCUUUGCCAGAAUUUAGCGCUCAAAGUUCUCUUAAGUAGUAGUGGCCGCUUGGAAUGCGAGAUACGCAAACACAUUAUGUAACACAUACAAUCUGUAUAUACACACAUACAAGUAUAUGCUUUAUAUUUUAUUUUAUAUAUUUUAUAUUACGCCCAAUACAACA